AUGAGAAGCAAAUCCAUCUUAGCUGGUGCCGUUAAUGUUCCAAUUGAACCAACAUCAAAUGUUGACUCACGAACGACAAACAAUAUUGUCAUAAAGAACUAUAGUUCGGAGUGUUUGAAAGAAAAAGAACCAGAUCUUAAGUCGGUGAAUUUAAACUCAGCUUCAAACGCUAACGCUACAUCAGAUGUUAAGUUAGAGUAUCCACCACUGGACCAAAUUCUUUCAAGAGAAGCCAACGACAACCCUUACACAAAUGUUCA